GCUCGAACGACGCGUGCGCGAGUGAUGGCUCGCUGGCUGCCGCUGAGCUCAGACAGCUCCUUAGCCAGAAGUUGGAUUCCGCGAAUGAAAUUUUCUUGCUGCGUUUUUUGAUUUGUGCGAAGAUUUAUGAAAGGAAUGGCUCCGGGUGCGGGCUGAGCACUGAGGACCUUCCGCUCCCCCAGCUCUCUCGGGUCCGUGCCUUUGCACGUCUGCCUGAACUCUCGGGUCUCAGAGCUGUCAUCGCGAGAGAGCCGGGAUCGACCGCGCCGUUGGACAGUUCCCUGGCGUCGAGUCCCUGGGGGGAGGAGCUUCUCGGGCGCGUGCGCGAUCGCGCGAGGCCCCGCCCUCCCCGCGCUGUCCACAUGCUGCCCGCGCGCCUGGGUUGCCGGCUGCUCUGCGGGCUCCGGCGGGGCCCCGCGCCGGCCGCCGCGUGCUACGGCCCGGCACGGUGGCUCCUGGAGGGGAAGUGUAAGGUCCCCAUCUGCCAGCGUGCAUCAUCCCUGGGCCGCCGGGUUCCCCCGAGCUCCACGGCGACCGAGGACUAUGAAGAAGGCCCCGACACGGAGGAGCGCUUUUUGUUCCCGGAGUACGUCCCGGAGCGGACCCCGGAGGAACAAGUGCGGGAGUUGCGGGAGCUGCGGGAGUUGCAGCAGCUGCACGAGGAGAAAGAACGACAGAGGUUGCAGAGGCGGGAGGAGCGGCUUCAGCAGAAGCUGCAGGCCGGCCUCCGGACGCUGCCGGUCCAGGAGCUUCCAGACGCCUCGGUGCCGCCCAGCGGCAUCUACUGCUCGGGCUGCGGAGCCGAGCUUCACUGCCAGCAUCUCGGCCUGCCCGGCUACCUGCCGGAGGAGAAGUUCCGCGACGCUGUCCGGACAGAAGGCGGCCCGGCGCGGACCGUGUGCCAACGCUGCUGGCUGCUGGUGCACCACCGCCGUGCCCUGCGCCUGCAGGUAAGCCGCGAUCAGUACCUGGAGCUUGUGAGCGCCGCGCUGCGGCGUCCAGGGCCCGCUCUGGUGCUCUAUAUGGUGGAUCUUCUUGACCUGCCGGACGCCCUGCUGCCCGACUUGCCCAAGCUGGUGGGCCCCAAGCAACUCAUCGUGCUAGGGAACAAAGUGGACCUGCUACCCCAGGACGCUCCCGGCUACUUGCAGCGGCUGCGGAAGCGGCUGUGGGACGACUGCAUCCGCGCCGGGCUCGUGGUGGCCCCUGGUCAUCAAGGACCACAGUACCCUGCCGGGGAUGAGCCACUGGAGGAGAUAAAGAAUCAGAAUCCAUCUUCCAGGUCCCAUACGGUGGUCAAGGACGUGCGACUGAUCAGCGCCAAGACGGGCUAUGGAGUUGAAGAAAUGAUCUCUGCCCUUCAGCGCUCCUGGCGCUACCGUGGCGAUGUCUACCUGGUGGGCACCACGAAUGCUGGCAAGUCCACUCUCUUUAAUACACUCCUGGAGUCUGAUUACUGCACCGCCAAGGGCUCCGAAGCCAUCGACCGGGCCACCAUCUCUCCCUGGCCAGGUACCACAUUAAACCUCCUGAAGUUUCCUAUUUGCAACCCGACUCCUUACAGAAUGUUCAAAAGACAAAGAAGGCUUCAAGAAGAUGCGGCCAAAGCUGAAGAAGAUCUUAGUGAGGAAGAACAAAGUCAGCUCAAUCAACUGAAAAAGCACGGCUACAUAGUAGGAAGAGUUGGAAGAACAUUCUUGUACUCCACAGAACAGGACGAAGUUCCCUUUGAGUUUGAUGCCGACUCCCUGGCCUUUGACAUGGGAAAUGAACCUGUUGUGUCUGUGCGCAAAAGCACCAAGCAAAUAGAACUGACCCCAGAGGACGUGAAAGAUGCCCACUGGUUUUAUGACACCCCUGGAAUUACAAAAGAAAGCUGUAUUUUAAAUCUUCUAACAGAAAAAGAAAUCGAUGUUGUUUUGCCCACACAUUCUAUUAUCCCAAGAACCUUUGUCCUCAAGCCAGGAAUGGUUCUAUUUUUGGGUGGCAUAGCCCGAAUAGAUUUCCUACAGGGAAAUCAAUCAGCCUGGUUUACAGUUGUGGCUUCCAACUUCCUUCCUGUUCAUAUUACUUCCUUGGACAAGGCAGAUGCUUUAUAUGAGAAACAUGCAGGUCAUGAGUUACUACUGGUUCCAAUGGGUGGGAAAGAACGAAUGGCCCAGUUUCCCCCUCUUGUUGCUGAAGACAUUACCUUAAUGGGAGGUGGAAGAUUUGAAGCAGUUGCUGAUAUCAAGUUCUCCUCUGCAGUUGAUAGUUGA